AUGCGUUGGGUCGCGGGAUUUCGUCAACUCUCCUCGAUCUCACCUUUUCGUCGAAUUGAGUCUCCAAAACAAUUCGCUAAAAGAAUGGCUGCUCUUCCUACCACCUACGAGGGCUCCGUCCCAAUCGCCGUCAUCGGUGGCACUGGACUCCGUGAGCUCCCUGGAUUCACCCAGGUUGCGUCGCUGUCGAUUACCACUCCCUGGGGCGAACCUUCCUCCCCCAUCACCAUCCUCCACCACCACUGCAAGCACAAUGAUAAGCUUGUCGCUAUUGCCUUCCUGAGCCGCCACGGCCCCCACCACCAGAUCGCUCCCCACGAGGUCCCUGCCCGUGCUAACAUCGCUGCUCUUCGCUCCAUCGGUGUCCGUAGCAUCAUUGCUUUCUCCGCUGUCGGCAGUCUGCAGGAGGCUAUUAAGCCCCGCGACUUCGUCAUCCCCGACCAGAUCAUUGACCGUACCAAGGGCGUGCGGCCAUGGACCUACUUCGAGGGCGGUAUGGUUGCGCACGUUCCUUUCGGCGACCCCUUCGAUGAGGGUAUUGCCAAGGUCGUGCGCGAGUGCGGACACAGCUUGGAGGGUGACGGUGUGGUGUUGCACGACCGCGGCACUAUCAUCUGCAUGGAGGGACCCCAGUUCUCCACUCGCGCCGAGAGCAAAAUGUACCGCUCUUGGGGCGGCAGUGUGAUUAACAUGUCUGUCCUCCCCGAGGCCAAGCUCGCCCGUGAGGCUGAGAUUGCCUACCAGAUGAUCUGCAUGUCUACCGACUAUGAUUGCUGGCACGAGUCUACUGCCGAUGUUACCGUUGAGAUGGUCAUGGGCCACAUGAAGGCCAACGCUGACAACGCCCGCCGUUUCGUUACCGCUGUUCUCGACGCUCUGGCUAGCGACGAGCACUCAGACUUGGUUCACGCCAAGCACUUGGCUGGUUCUGUUAAGUUUGGAAUUAGCACUUCCCAGCCCAACUGGGGCCCUGAAGCCAAGAAGAAGCUGAACUGGCUGUUCCCCGGCUACUUUGAAUAG